CCAUAAAUUCAUCAAGAAUCAAGAAUCAAGAACAUGUGAGCCGUGUGCUUUCCCUCCAACAGGAAUGCCUCACGACUGCAGUAACAUAACAUACCAUACCGCGCUACGAGUUUCUCGUGCUCGUUACUGUAUCCGAAGAACGACAACAAUUCGACUACCAAAUCAUCUGGAUUUCGUUCGACGUUGUUGUUUGCUGUAGUCGACACAAAACAAACCACCACGCACGAAACGCAUGAAGGAAUGGCGAAAUGACGAGCAAUCACCUCUGCUGACAACCGCAACUGUAACCGCUAUUGCAACGACAGCGAAAGCGACAAGCUCGACCCCUUUCGCGCCAACGAUGAACGCGUUGAGGAAAGCUGGCGGGUGUCACGAGUACUCAUCGAUAGCAUUGUCGUCUCGAGCUAGGAACGCGGCGGCCAGCAUCGGACCUCGAACCUACCCUAGUUGUGAAGAGAGCAAAAUUCGGGACAUCAACGACAAUGCCCUUGACGACGGUGGCAUCGUCGAUGGCCACGACUCCUUCGCCGUGGUCGAUAUCGAGGAAGCCAUCGAUCGGCUGGGGAUGGGAAUGUUCCAGUACCAGGUAGUGCUGGCGUGCGGACUCUGCUUCGCCUCGGACGCCAUGGAAAUCCUGCUCCUGAGCUUUCUGACGGUGAUCCUGCAGGGCGAAUGGGGGUUGUCGGAGGCCGAGGCCGAUUCCAUCGUCUCGGUCGUCUUUGCCGGGGCCCUGCUGGGAUCCCUCGUUUUGACCCCGCUCGGGGACCGGUGGGGGAGAAAGCCGGUCUUUUUCGUGGUGGCCGCCACGAUCAGCGGGUUUGGGAUCCUCACCGCCUUUUGCACGUCGUAUUCCCAGGUCCUGGUGGUGCGAUUCCUGGUGGGGGUCGGCGUCGGGGGCCUCACCGUUCCCUACGACGCCCUCGGGGAAUUCAUGCCGAACACCUUUCGGGGCCCCAACAUGCUGUGCACGAGCUUCUUCUGGACAGCAAGUUCCCUGGCGGUCCCCCUGUUUGCGUGGCUGACGCUCCGAACCCCCGACCACCCGGACGGCGACGGAUCGACGCAAGAGUCCCCCGGGGGAGGCUCCUGGAGGGCCUUUGUCGUCGUGUGCGCGCUGCCCGGUGUCCUGUCCACCGUGCUGAGCCUCCUCUGGGUCCCCGAGUCGCCGCGCUGGCUGCUCACCAGGGGCAAGCACGACCAGGCCCUGGCGGUCCUCCGGCGGGCCGCGGCCAGGAACGGCAGGGACCCCUACGGUUCCUUUCCGGAGCACACGCGGCUGGCCGACCACCGCCUCCCUUCCGCUCGAACCGCCCGCGAUGCGUGCUCGCCGCUGCCACAGCACCGCGCCGUGGAUCACCACCCGCGGCAGAACGCAGCGCGAUCCAACCAAGGAGACGCCCCGGACCGAGAGGAGGAACGGCGGGAGUUCGCCGGGAGCGCGGAACCGAACGACUGCACUAAUGUUUCGAUGGUUCCCGAAAGCGGUUGCCGCUGGGUCUUGUGCUCGAGCCCGCAGUGGCGAAAGAUCAGCCUCCUCUUGGGAGGGCAGUGGUACGGCUUGGCCUUUAUGUAUUAUGGCGCAAUAAUAGCAGUUUCCAUUGUCUUUUCCAGCACCCACUACGGCAGCGCCAACGACAACGAUGACGGCGACAGCAACGCGGACGAUACAGGCGGAGGCUUCGACUUUGACUACCAAGCUCUUUGCAUCACGUCGUUUGCAGAGAUGAUUGGGUUGACUCUCGCAAUAAAAUGUGUCAAUAGAAUGGGGCGAGUUUCUACGCAGGCAUGGGCAUACUCGCUAGGGGGAUUCUGCCUUUUGCUCCUGAGUCUACUGGACUAUUUUGUCGGCGGAGGCAACGAGAAGGGGGGUUUUGAAGAGGGAGAAAACGAUGUCUCUAGGCGAUGGCUCUUGAUAGGUUUUGCCUUCCUCUCUCGAAUGUUCGUUAUGACCGCCACCAGCGUCACCUGGUUGCACACUGCCGAACUCCUGCCAACGGAAAUCCGAGCAACGGGGCACGGACUCGGUAAGGCCAUUCGUUGCGUUGUGAAUGCGUAGUUUUUUUACCAAGAUCUCCACGCAGACUGUCUCACAACAAAGAUCCUUGCCUUCUCUUCUCUUCGCGUUCGUUUUUUCCCUCGAUUGCUUGCUCGUCAGCAAACGCGCUCGGGCGCAUUGGUGGCAUCACCUGUCCGUUUGUCAUAUCGCGAGACACCUCGCUUCGAACGAUAGGCUUGGUGAUGUUUUUCGUAAGCAUUUUGACCUCGAUGGUUGUCAAGUCCUUGCCAGAAACAACUGGCAAGGCACUUGGGAAUUUCGCUGUUUCCUUGAAAGACCAAGUGCAAGGACCAUCGAUUCUUCCGACGACCMCGGAAGCACACGUAGUAGACAGCCGCAGCACACACGAACUGUCAUCGAACGAGGACAGCACCAAUAAGAGCACUAGAGAACUCCAGGGAGAUACAGCUGCUCACGGAAAGGCGGAAUCUUUCUCCCAAAUAGUUUGAAAUGUUGUAGCUAUUGACCUCUUUGAUAAAGUUUGUCAACGGCUUUGCACAAUUUUUUCGUGCGCAAUAAAUCAGUGGCACUUGCAUAAGCAGUCUUCAUGUCACUAGCACUAUAAGUAUCAGGGGAACUUGUUUCGGUUCACGUUUACCCGCAGUACUUGCAUCAUCGGCAGCGCUCACAAAAGUGGCUGAUUGUAUUCAGCAGCCUGGCUUGCAUCAUCAACAGAAACUUGUUUCAGAAAGUCUUCCAGCGCUUCAUGUUUUGCGGCGGUGUUUCUACUCUCCUUGCUUGCCUGUUAUUUACCUUGCGUAUUUGCAUGACUUUGAAAAUAACUAGAUAUUGUCAGAUUGUAAGUUACUGGUGGUGGUGCUGCUGAUUGUCCUUCUGCUGGCUGCUUUUAGUGAUUUUGGUAGUAUAUGUCAACAUUCCUACAACUACUACUAGUAUUGCAUUGAAAAGGACAAAGAAAGAAAAAGGUACAGUAUAUUAAUACGGUCAGAGAGAGUAAAGGAGAUGUUUGCAGUUUGCACCCUAUCUUUGGGUACAAGUUUAAUCGGAGUAAAAUUACAGCCAAAAUUAAUGCAAAAUUUGGGCAUCCACUACUAGUAUGACUUUGACAGACUAGUAGUAGUUCUACUAAGCCUCUCCUAGUAGAGCAUCCUUUGGCUUCCCAAUGACACCAUCCUUAAGGUAAUUGUA